GAACCCUCUAUCCAGCCUCGGUUGGAUGAAGAAGUUGCCGUUCCGAGAACGGAAACCGGCGUGUCCGUAUCCGGGAAAACGAAAACCGAGUCCUCGUUCCCCGUCCUCUCGUCCUCCAUUCCGUCGCAUUCCAUUUCACCCGGUCCCCUGACUGACAUGGCCUCCCAACCAACCACUCCCGGUACUGGUGUAUCCCCGUCUGCAACUGCGAACGGCACCAACUCCACCAUGACCGCCAGGGCUCGUGUAACCGAGCUGACCGGUGUUCCCUCCGGACUUCAUGGUCAUGUCCUUGGUCGGAAUUUCGACGAUGACAGCGAUGAUGAUGACAUUCGCAUCGGUGAGGAGUUGGUCCAACAAUCCGCUCUGUUCGAACGUGCCUGUGUGGUCCUCGAAAGUCCGGCUCGAUGCGGUGUUUUUCUGAACUAUUUGUUCACCCAGAAUCGUGAUGUUUCCCCUGCGGUAAAGUUUGAUUCGGUUAACUAG